AUGACCCCCAGAACUGGCACAGAAGGCCCCAAGUGGCAUGUUGAGCUGGAGGCCGAGGAGUGGUGGAAGUUAUUGUGUUUGGAGUGUCUGGGCAGCAGACUUAAUGACAUCAGCCUGGGAGAACCGGACUUGUUAGCAGCAGGGGUGCAGAGGGAACAGAACGAAAGAUUUCAUGUUUACUUGAUGCCGACCCCAAAUCUGGACAUCUACGGAGAGUGCACAAUGCAGAUCACCCACGAGAACAUCUACCUUUGGGACAUCAAUAAUGCCAGAGUCAAGCUGGUCAUGUGGCCGCUCAACUCCCUGAGGAGAUACGGCAGAGACUCGACCUGGUUCACAUUUGAGUCUGGAAGGAUGUGUGAUACAGGGGAGGGUUUGUUCACAUUCCAGACCAGAGAAGGCGAGAUGAUCUAUCAGAGAGUUCACUCUGCCACACUGUCCAUCGCUGAACAACAUGAACGCAUGAUGAUGGAGAUGGAGAAGAGCUCACAGACUCUUUCAAACGAGAGCACAUUAACAAAGUCGAUAUCUCUCCCGCGAAGCGCUUACUGGCACCACAUCACGCGUCAGAACAGCGUGGGAGACAUCUGCAAUUACCAAGGUACGAGCUUGACCAUGACGCUCAUUCCACGAGCGCAGACGUUUCAAAGCUUCCUUUCCGAGCAGACGGAGGAGGAACGGAACCAGGAGCAAGCGACAGCGGCCUCUAGCGGCUGCGACAGGGACUGCAGCAGCUCGCCGCUCCGUUGACUGCACGGUCACGGCUUGACGAAAGCCACGACUCACGGACAUUCCAAAGCUUUAGGAAGCUCAUAAUAGACACAUGUACAGUAUGAACUCUCUCUAUAUAUGUAUGUAUAUGUAUGACUUAAUAAUUAUUUGUAGAACAGUGUGUAUACUAAGAACUCUAGGAGCCUCGUUUUGUACGUCGAAGAAAAGAAAAAAAAAAAAAAAAGCCAAAAAGUUGUACCAUAAUCUUUAUUUUCCUUGUGUAGUUUAAGACAAAUUGACUUUCUGCAGUUAUUUUUCAGAUUUACUGUAAAUAUUAAUGCGCUGUAGCGCUUAACACCACAAGUUUCUUGCGUUUUUGUCUGUCGUCGUGACACCCACUUAGAUUCUGUCAAACAAGAUAGUCUAUCUGUUUGUGUUUUAGCACCCUGCACUUUUAAAUUAGAGCUUGUUUUGCACUUUUGUCAUUUGCUUUUGGUUUCAAUAUGUGCAGCCAUGUUGUCUGUAGAUGCGUGCAGUGUGGGACAUGGGGGAAAUGUAUACUUUUAAAGGGGAUAGUUCACCCAAAAAUGGAUAUUCUGUUCACUUUCCAA